AUGGGCAAUGGUUUGGAGGUCCGCCAAACUUUCGACGGUUAUCACGGAGGCAGCAUGCACACGACUACGGAGGACAGAGACGGUCCGAAGCAGGGUGCCCGAGAACCGGUGGACCUCCAGCUUCCCGAGGGAACCGGAGGAAACACCGGCCACGUGCACACCGCAAGUCCGGGCUUCCACGCAACCGAAGCAGGGUGCCCGAGAACCGGUGCACCUCCAGCUUCCCGAGGGAACCGGAGGAAACACCGGCCACGUGCACACCGCAAGUCCGGGCUUCCACGCAACCGAAGCAGGGUGCCCGAGAACCGGUGGACCUCCAGCUUCCCGAGGGAACCGGAGGAAACACCGGCCACGUGCACACCGCAAGUCCGGGCUUCCACGCAACCGAAGCAGGGUGCCCGAGAACCGGUGCACCUCCAGCUUCCCGAGGGAACCGGAGGAAACACCGGCCACGUGCACACCGCAAGUCCGGGCUUCCACGCAACCGAAGCAGGGUGCCCGAGAACCGGUGGACCUCCAGCUUCCCGAGGGAACCGGAGGAAACACCGGCCACGUGCACACCGCAAGUCCGGGCUUCCACGCAACCGAAGCAGGGUGCCCGCGAACCGGUGGACCUCCAGCUUCCCGAGGGAACCGGAGGAAACACCGGCCACGUGCACACCGCAAGUCCGGGCUUCCACGCAACCGAAGCAGGGUGCCCGCGAACCGGUGGACCUCCAGCUUCCCGAGGGAACCGGAGGAAACACCGGCCACGUGCACACCGCAAGUCCGGGCUUCCACGUAGCUCCCAACCGACCCGGAGAGGCCACGGCCCCAUCAGAUGGGCUCAGAACCGACCCAGACAGGCUCCAGGCCCAUCAGAUGGGCCUGGGACACUCACCGGACCGGCCCGAGCCCACUCCUGUACCGCCCCAGUGA